UGGGCCUUCCGGUGCCCGGCCCCGGCGCCGGUCACCGCGGCGACGCCGUCCACCUCGGCGGCUCGGCCGGACGGCGAGUUCCGCCUGAGCGACUUUGACAUGCUCAAGGUCCUUGGACGCGGGAACGGCGGGACCGUCCAUAAGGUCUCGCACCGCCGCACGUCGGCGCUGUACGCGCUCAAGAUCAUUCACCGCGGCCAUCCCGGCGCCGGCGAGGAGGUGGACGUCGUCCGCCGCGUCGACUCGCCUCACAUCGUCCGGUGUCACUCGGUACUCCCGACGGCGUCCGGCGACUCUGCUUUGCUCCUCGAGCUGAUGGACGGCGGUUCGCUCGACUCGCUCGUCCGCGGCGGCCAGGGAGGCUUCCCGGAGGCGGCGCUGCCGGAGGUGGCGGCGCAGGCGCUAUCCGGCCUGGCGUACCUCCGCUCACGCCGCGUCGUCCACCGGGACAUGAAGCCGGCGAACCUCCUGGUCAACAGGGCCGGGCAGGUCAAAAUCGGCGACUUCGGCAUCGCCGAGGUCGUCUCCCGGGCCGGCAAGUACCGCGCGGCAUACGAGGGCACCGCCGCCUACAUGAGCCCCGAGCGAUUCGACACGGAGCGGUUGCACGACGGCGAGGGGAACCGCGUCGACCCCUACGCCGCCGACGUGUGGGGGCUGGGCGUGACCGUCCUGGAGCUUCUGAUUGGGCGCUACCCGCUGCUCCCCGCCGGGCAGGAGCUGACCUGGGCGGCGCUCAUGUGCGCCAUCUGCUUCGGUGAUCUGCCGGCACUUCCCGAUGGCGCGGCGUCGCCGGAGCUCCGGAGUUUCGUGUCCGCCUGCCUGCAGAAGGACCACCGGAGGCGGCCAUCUGCCGCGGAGCUCCUCGCGCACCCGUUCGUCGCCGGGAGGGACGUGGCAGCAGCGAGACAUGCGCUCCGGGAAGUGAUCGAGCAGCGCGUGUAGAUAUUGGACUGUCCGUUCUCAAACUGUAGCCAAACAUUUGCACAGCUGCAGAUACAGAUAGUGGAAGAACACUAAAAUUUUAAAUCGACCAGAUAGUUUAAUAUGGUACAACAGUUUUGGUGUCUAUCCGUUGCAUUAUUUCUGUCGACAAGAUUACAGAUCAUCAAUUUGACAUCGCUAACCAGGGAACGUCAUUUUUGUAAGCAAUC